UUCUGGAUGGCUAUGUGUCUCUCUUACUUCCAGAGAAAGAUAAGACAGAUGAUCUACAAGACUUGGCUACUGGUCAGUCUCCUGAUUUUGGGAAAUGUUUUACUCCUGUGUUUCACCAUUGUUACCCUUGAAAAAAGAAAGCUGUGGAGGUUGCCGAAAAAACUGGGGUACUACCAUGUUGCUUACCCCCAAAAAUACACAUUCAUCAUCGACCAGCCUGAGAAGUGUGCAGAGCAUAAGCCCUUCAUGGUGGUCAUCGUGCCUGUGGCCCCCGGGAACUUUGAAGCGCGCGACGCCAUCAGAAAGACGUGGGGAAGUGAGGAGUUGGUCAGGGACAAGGCGGUCCUGGUUCUGUUUCUUCUGGGCUCACGGAGUGGAACCGAUGAGACAUUGCAGAACCAACUUCAAAAAGAAAACCAGCGGUACCAAGACCUGCUGCAGAGUAACUUCAGGGACUCCUAUAGGAAUUUAACUAUUAAAACCAUGGUAAUGAUGGAAUGGCUGAGCACAAAGUGUCCGCAGGCGUCUUACGCCGUAAAGGUGGACGCAGAUGUCCUCCUCAACAUCAAAAACCUCAUUAACAUGCUUGUGAAUCUGAAAACACUGCAAAGGAACUACAUCACUGGCCUCAUAUUGUCCAGCAACAGCGUCCUGAGAGAUCCAUCCAGCAAGUUUUAUCUCCCUCACGAUGUCUAUCCCAGAUCCCGAUAUCCUCCAUAUCCUGUGGGCAUGUGUUACAUCUUUUCAAUGGACCUGCCAGAGAAGAUUGUACGGGUUUCGCUGCACAUCAGACCCAUAUUUAUAGAGGACGCGUAUCUCGGCAUGUGUCUGAAGCGUUUGGGUAUCAUCCCUAAAAAACCACCAAAUAUGCAUCAGUUUGUCGUCAGACCACCUCCACAGUACAAUCGCUGUUUAUAUUCCAGACUAAUAGCAAUACUUACAUACAACUCGACUCAGCUGACUUCCUAUUGGACAGACAUCCACUCCUCCAGCACACCCUGCUGACGUUCUGGAUGCAAAAUGUCGAAAUUUGCAUGUUUUUGAAAGAAAGAAAAGUAUUUUUAGUUCCAGGCUCAGAUAACAAAACCAUAUAUGGCCCUUUCACCUGGUAUUAUCCAUUAUUUGAUCAAAAGUGGUCAGGUGAGACACUUAUAUGUUCAUGUAUAAGCAUCUAAAAAUGCAUCUUGUGUGACUGCCUGUGCAUACAUUUUAAAGGCAGGGUUUUCAAGUUCAUCAAUUACUUAAUCAGCGUAUUACUGCAUGUCUAUAAACCGGUCCAGGGUGUAUUUCAUUGGA